AUGCAGGCCUCCAAUGCUGCCCUGACCAUCCUGCUCUGCAUCCUGACCUUCUGUGUCCAGGUCCUCCCAGCAGAAUCAUAUGGCAGAGACACUCCCUCUUCUUAUGAACGUAUGAACACUCCAUCUGACUGCUGCUUCUCCUACACCUCCAGGCCGAUAAAGGAACAUCUUGUAGUCAGCUAUGUUGAGACCAGCAGCCAGUGCUCCAAACCUGGUAUCAUCUUCCAGACCAUAAGGGGCCAGCUGGUCUGUGCAAAUCCCAUGGAGGCCUGGGUUCAAAAGCUUCUCGCCCUGAAACAGAGUGUCCAUGAGUCUGAAGGAGUUGGGGUGCCCAAGUGA